AUGGCGGCUUCCUUGACAGCGGAUGCCGAAGUCGAGCUGAGGAGCUUCUUUGCUGCCGAGCUGCCGACACCGACCUCGAGAAGGGCCGCCACAUCGGCGCUGUGCGCGCUUCUGGCCGAGCCUUUGGCUUAUGACUACACUCGCCGGCUCUUAACAUCCGAGGCAGAUGCGGUGGCCCAAGAGCUGAACCACAUUGCAGGUGGGCAAUCACGGACGAGGUGGCCCUCGGAAGGAGCUGCAUUCUGCUCAGUUCGAGAGGCGCGUGACCUCUACCAGCCGGCUUUGCAGAGAAGGGUGCAGCUCCUGCUGCAAGCCUCGGCUGAUCCCAAUGGGAGGGUCUUGGGCCAAGGUGAUUGGCAUUGCCCACCGCAGUCGCCAUUGAUGUGUUGCGCGAUCCAUGGCUGGCAGACCGUGGCUCAGACGCUGCUGCACGCCAAGGCAGCGCCAUCUCAGGCGGAUGUCUCUGGCGGCACGGCGCUGCACGCUGCAGCGACUCAUGGUGAGGAAACCUACAACUUUCAGGGAACCCCAACGAGCAGACCCGACAACUAUGGACACGAGGAGGAGUUGUACAAUCUCCUGCUCAAAGCUGCGGCGGAUCCGAACCAGAAGGACCUGGUUACAGAUUUACGAGCGCACUUGACCGACACCGUGGGAUUGGACUUGAGUCAAUUGAGGCACGACGCACUGUCGGAAACGGAGGUCCUUUUUGCGUCUAUUCUGGGCCUAAUGAGGGAGCAGACCUUGUCCUCAACAGUUUUAUGUCCAGUGAUCUACCGCUUUCCCGAGCAGCUUUGCGGAAGCUGGUUUGCGACACCGGAGGGCCAGCGGGCCAAGGCAUUUUUGGAUGCCCGAGGCGAUGCGAUGGACCACGACAAGAUGUGGCAAUUGAUGCUAUACACAUGGCUUGGAGCUGGAGGCGUCGACGGGCUUCCUUGGCAACACGUCUGCGCUACUCCUGGUCUGACGCGUUAUGACACAAGCCCAGAGCAGGCCAUGGCAGUGGUCAAAUUUGCCAUGUCGUAUACGCAGUUGUGCGGAAACCAUGUCCUGAAAUUCUUUGGCAGUGACGAUUUCUUGUCAAAGAUGUAUGCCAUUGAUGGUUUCGGACACCUAGCCGUGAAAGAGGUCUUGAGCUACCUUGGUGUCUCCGGACAUGAACGGUUUCACACGAUGGCCAUUGAACUUAUACCCUUCGGUCCGGGCGCGAAGAAUGGUGCAUCCGUGUUCUUUGGAUGCACACGGAAGCUUCUGCAGCUGGCGACAAACUUGCAGCCACGCAUCCAAGACCAUGUGACGCGAUGCUUUCCAAAUGUUGAGCCUGGAGUUACUGUGGUCGACAUAGAGAUAUUUCUUUGCUACGGUUAUACAUAUUGCAAGAUGGUUCAACAGCUGCGGUCAG